UCCACACACUCCGUCCUUCCACCCAUCCAUCCAUUCGUUGUUGUUGUUAGAGCGGUGAUGGAGAAGCAGAGGGACCGCUACCGGUGCUGCUAGCUAGCAACGAUUCAAGCCAAGCUAAUAAACAGACACAGAGAGAAAGGGGAAGAAAACAAACGGACCGGAGGUAGAGAAAUGGAAACGGUUGAGCAGCUCGUCUCUUUCCACCACAUUCAGGUCCAGUUGAGCGGGGGCGCGCCUUGGGGGUUCACGCUGAAAGGAGGGCUUGAGCACGGCGAGCCACUCAUCAUCACUAAAAUCGAGGAUGGAGGGAAGGCCGCCCUGUGCAAGAAGCUGAAAGCCGGCGAUGAGCUCAUUAACAUAAAUGGAUCCGCCCUCUACGGCAGCAGACAGGAAGCCCUCAUCCUCAUUAAGGGAUCGUACCGGAUACUGAAGCUCGCGGUCAGGAGGCGCAGCGUUCCUUCCAUCAGGCCUCACUCCUGGCACCUGGCAAAGCUAUCGGAGCAGCCCCUCCCUCCCCCUCCUCCAUCUCCUCCUCCUCCAACCUGCCUGCCCCCUGUCGACUCCCCUCCUCUCCCCCCUCCUCCCCCUCUGUCUGCCAUGCAGCUCCACCCCGGCCCAUACACACUACCCUGGCACACAACUGACAACAGUGACUUAUCCUUGCAGUGGGGUCAGCUGUCCAGACCUUACUCCUCCACAGACCGAAGCAGUUCCCUGGGCUCCAUGGAGAGCUUGGACACACCGACACCGACCACACAGCAGUACUCUGACUCCCAGAAUUCCCCCGUUGACCCCACCCUUUUCAACAACAACAGAGACUCUGCCUACAGCUCAUUCUCCGCCAGCUCGAACACAUCCGACUACGCCACAGUGCCACUGAGGCGCGGUGACGCCUGCUCCAUGGACAACCUCCUCCAGAGCCUGGGGCCGGCUUGUCGAGGCUACCCUGGUGGUGAUACCUCAACCCUGCGGAGUUCAUAUGGCGAGGCCCCGGAUGAGAUGCAGCUUAUUGUACUCAAGUCCAGGUCGCUGACCAGGCCAAGACCAACGCCUGUUGAGGUAAAAGAAAGGCCUUCCUCCUGCUGUUAUGAGGAGGAGCGGAGGGGAGGAGACUUUGAGAUCGUGAGAAAUGAAGAAAGAGGAGCUGAGAGAAAGAUGAACCCUCCUCAGCCUCCAACCAGGAAGGACAGUUUUAGGGCAACUCGGAGUCGCCCUAAUGCCGCCAACAAACGCUGCGUCUCCGCUCCAAUUGAAAUUUCCAGUGUUUCGUUCUAUCAUGACGAAAACAGGUCUUCUUUGAAUGUUGAAUCAGGAAUUCAUAAUGGCUUCGCUGCACCAGAAGAAGGUGACAAAACUGGGAAUUUCAAAGAGGAUACCUUAGACUCGCACUAUAUCCAAAGACGGACUGAAGACAUUAGACAUAUCAGAUGUGAUACGAGUGCAAAUAAAGACUGCAGUUCAGAGACCACUUCAGAUCACCUCUCUGAUCCAGCGACGGCCUCCCUAGUCCCCAUCACCUCCUCUAGUCCUUGCUCCUUACCUGCGGAGUCCUCCACGGAGGUUCAAGAGGAGUCUCAUGUAACUCACUCGCAGAACAAGCACUCCUCUACGGGGCUUCACCGGCACAGCGCCCCAGAUAAGCUCCUCGCUACACAACUUCAGUUAUUGCAGUUUAACAGUGAUGGCUCUUCAUUGGAGCCUCACAAUCCGUCAAACACUUCUGAUCCCUCCAUGUCCUCCUGUAGCAGCCAGUGGUCCCAUUCAUCACUCCAGCCAACGAGGGAAGACCAAGAAGCUUCUCACAACCACCUCCACGCGCCAUCAAACAAAUGGGGAGGCAGCCGUUGCUCGACCCCAGGGUCUGUGUUCUUGGACGGGGAUGAGGAUGAUGGAGAUACAAUUGAUAGGCUGAAAGGAAUGGGUGUAAAUGGAGGGUCCCUUCCGCCAAUGGAGCAUCACCACCCUUGGGGACGCUCUGUAAGCGUACCAGGGGACCCGGCAGGAUCGUCAACCCAGGGAAGGUUGAGCUCUGACCAGAUAAUAGAGAGAGAUUUUGAGCCUGUUAGUGCUGCUGCCAGUAUGGACACCUUACUGGAGGAGCAGAGUGCAGUGGAUAGAGGAGGAAGUGGGGGUAAAAGUGAGGAGGGUGUGGCAGGAGAGACCGACAUGAAGAGGACAAACGCGUCCAGGAACCAUCGUCGGAACCGUCGUCGUAGCGAACGAUUUGCUACCAACCUCCGCAAUGAGAUCCAGAGGAAAAAGGCCCAGCUUCAGAGGAGCCGUGGCCCAGGAGGGUUGCUCUGUAGUGGGGAAACUGUCCAGGAGGAAGAGGGUCCAGACCUCAAUGAGGAGGGGGCAGACCCAGACCUGCUUGCCCAGGAGAGGAGUGCCAAAGAUAACUCGCACGUUAGUCCCCAAGAUGCCGGCACCGCAGCACCAGUCGAGAGAGCAACCAUCUCUAGUGAAUCAAGCCAUGAUGUCUUGCAGACUCAGUCAACAACCUAUACUCAAAACAACAACCUAUCCAGGUCUGUCCAGAUUCUGGACCCAGGAGUGCCUAAUUUUGGUGUCAGUGUCCGAGUUGUGGAGGAACCAGCCCCUGCUGGCAAAGCCCGGCGCUGGCGUUGGACCCCAGAGCAUAAACUCCAACCCGAACCAGAACGCCGGUGUGGAGUGUUGGGUGAGAAGGUGUUGGGAGUCACAGGGUCCCGGCAUGGGGUUUGUGUCUUCACCUCCUCAUCCAAGUCCUCAUACAGUCGCUCCUCUUCCUGUUCACGGAUGGAUGAGUCAGAUAUCCUUCCGUUUGCAGAUAGAAUGAAGUUUUUUGAGGAGACGAGCAAGGGUAUGUCUGGGCCAAAUGCUUCGAAUCUGUCGAGUCGCAGGCAGAAGAAACCUUCCCACCAUCUGGAGCUCCAGGGAGGAGAGCUCGGUCAGCACUCAACCCAAAGAAGAUACUCCUACCAGGGAGGACUUCAGCAGGAAAGCGCCCUGCUUCCAAACACUGUGGAAGCCAGGAGUCUGUCUGUGAGUACCAGCAGGGAGAGGCAAAAAGAGAAGGAGAGGGAACAAGUGAGAGAGAGGGAGGAGAGGGCAAGGGAACGCGAGAGGGAAGAGAGGCUGAGAGAAAGGGAGAGGCAGCAGGAGAGGGAAUUAGAAAUGGAGAGGUCAAGGCUGAGGGAGAUUCAGCGGGAGAGGGAACGAGAGGAGAGGGUGAGACAGUGGGAAAGGGAAAGAGAGAGGGAGCUUGAGUUGGAGAGAGAAAAAGAGAUGGAGAGGACCAGAGAGAAAGAGCUCGAGAGAGAAAGAGAGAAGGAAAGGGAAGAAGAUGCUCAGCUCACCUCACGUCAGGAGUUAUAUGGCAUCAAAGAAAGAAAUCCUGACUUCCAACACAACUUCCAGCCAAAGACUCAGGCGUUCUCCAAUAGCCAAACCCAGAAUCAAGUCCCGCGAUCUGCUUUUUAUCCUGUCAAUACCCCUUCCCAGCCCAUGGAGAACCAGCAACCUCUUCACCAGGGAUACACAGCGAGGAGCUACACACCUACAGAGACGUAUCCCGCCCGGCAACAGGAAACGACCAAGCUCAACAGGAAGUACAGCCUGACCGAGAGGGACUACUCGAGCUGCAGACGGGAGUCCAGGCCUCCAGAGAGCAUUGAUCAGUAUCAUCAGCACCAUCAGGGUCGAUGGGGCCACAGACUGGCUGACGGCGGCAACGAUGAUCGCAACGGGUACGCGUUCGCUCCCCCGCCGGCUCCUCUCUCACUCCGAGGACGCGCCAUGUCCGAAAACGACCUCCGCUUCGACAGCAGCCACCGCUGGUCGCCGUCGAUUUCGGCGACGACCAGCCAGACCCUGAGCGAGGUGGAGGAAUGGGCAGGCGCCAUCAGGGGAGGAGAAGCUGCCAACACCGCCCGGCCAAACAGGAAGAAGACGCCACCUCCACCGAGACCGCCGCCCCCAAAGUGGGAGCAGUUUCACCGCAGGCGCGCGUCUCACCACACCCUGUUCUCCUCCUCCUCUUCUUCCCCUCACUCCAUCCCUCCCUCCUUUGACACUGCAGAGGGACGCUGUUCGACUAACUCCUCUUCACGCGUCCCUCCACUCGACACGUCCAGACAGAGGUCCUACAGUCUUCCUCCAGAGAGGCAGGAAGUGUCGGAGGGCUGCCCGCGAUGCAGCUGCAGCCAGACCCAGGAACACAGAUACCCUCACACCUCGUCCAAUCAGAAUCGACCACAAAUGCAGGAACACCCCUUCUCCCACGCUCCAUCCAAUCAGAAUCAGGUUCCGUUUCAGGAUCGGUCCUUUGCUGUUACUCCGCCAAGUCCCAUGUUCUCCAGGAGGGCCUUCAGACCAGUGGCUCCGCCCCAGAAAGAGAGGGACGUGAGGGGCACGUAUGGACAGCAGGAGAGGGUGGAGGUUUUAUCAACUUUUCCUCCACCUCUGCCUACAGAGAACAGCACGAGCAGUUUAUCUGAGAUGAUCGUCAACUCUGACCAGGGCAGAGUAACAGUGAAACCUCACCAACAGCAGUCCAACGUGAGACCAGGAGCUGAGUGGGAGCGAGCCCCAUCUCCCAGAGUUCAUAGCGACUCAACACAUCCACCUGUCCUAGAAAAUGGAGGCGUUGGCAGGGUUCUACCUCCUGAGUCCUACUUCUCCGUAGACUACGAGCAGCAGCAGCAGCAGCUUCGUAUGAGCAGAGGCUUUCAGAGCAUCGAGCCCCAGAAGAUCCCCGAACCAAGAACAGAAUCCGAGACGACCCUCAGCCCGAGUCCUGCGCACAGCCUGGAUGCAGACCUGGACAUCCCCAUGGAAACGGACAUCGAUGACUUCCAGGAGGAUGACGGACUUCCAGCGGUGGACGAGCCGAUCACCAGCGAGCUCCCUUGCUUCGCGCUGCCAGUUACGGUCCUGGAAACGGACAUCGACACCUUAGCGGACUCUACCGAGGCCUCGCCGUCGGGCAGGACAAGGGCGGAGAGCGGCUCCGUGGAGGAGGAGCUGGAGGCCGGGGAGAGCAGCAGAGAGCGGCUGAGCCUGGAGGAGCUCUUCCCUCACAGCAGUGAGGGAGAGUCAGGCAGGGAGAGCUGGAGAGGGGCCUACCAAAACACAGAGCACAACACCGACAGCUUGGAUAGGCGCUCCGGUGCAAGCUCCAGCUGUUCGUCCUAUUACAGCACGUCGACAGCCAAGGCGCAGCUGCUGUCGCAGAUGAAGGAAUUCACUGAUAACAGAGAAAGGGACGAGGACGACGAGCUGACCUACAAGAAACAGCUGAUGGAGAGCCUCCGCAAAAAGCUGGGAGUGCUGAGAGAAGCUCAGAGGGGACUGCAGGAGGACAUCAGAGCCAACGCACAGCUGGGAGAGGAGGUGGAGAGCAUGGUGGUGGCGGUGUGUAAGCCCAACGAGGUGGACAAGUUCCGCAUGUUCAUCGGCGACCUGGACAAGGUGGUGAGCCUGCUGCUGUCGCUGUCCGGCCGGCUGCUGAGAGUGGAGACAACGCUGGAGACACUGGACCCCGAGACGGAGCACCACGAGAGGCUCCCCCUGCUGGAGAAGAAGCGUCAGCUCCUGAGGCAGCUGUCUGAGGCUCAGGACCUGAAGGACCACGUCGACCGCCGAGAGCAGGCCGUCAGCCGGGUGCUGGCCCGCUGCCUCUCCCCCGAGCAGCACAGAGACUACAGCCACUUUGUGAAGAUGAAGGCGGCGCUGCUGGUGGAGCAGAGGCAGCUGGAGGACAAGACCCGGCUGGGAGAGGAGCAGCUGAGGGGGCUGAGGGAGAGCCUGGGGCUGGGGCUGGGAAUCGGAAUGGGAAUGUCGAUGGGAUACGGACAUUAUUGAGAAAAAAACAAACAAACAAAAAAAACCUAAAGAGAUGAAGAAGCAGGGGCUUGUAGUCACACUAAGUCAGUUUCAAAGACAACAAGUGAAGGAGCAAAGAGGAUCGAGACCCGUUAAGGAUCUAAAAGAGGUAGCAAACACAAACAUUGCUUUACGGAGUCUCUUAAAGGAACGGUUUGACAUUUUGGGAAGUAUACUUCUUCACUUUUCUGCAAUGCGUUAUGCGAAAAGAUCAACACCAUUCUCAUGUCUGCCAACAGCAUCUGAAAAUCACCGUUAUAUACACGUUACAUCAUGUUUUACGGGCCAGACUAAUUCUUAGCCGGGUGCAGUGACUUCCUGGAGUCUUUAUGCUUAGCUAAGCUAACCGGCUGUUAGCUUCAUCUGUAGCAAUCCAAAAAUGUCAAACUUUUGCUUUAAGGAUUAGCAGACAUGUAGAUUCCGAAGUUGCAGGACCAAAACCAACAGCUAUAGCAGCUAAAAACACCCCUGAAAGUUUUUCGGUAACACCCAAUGCUGGCCAAGACCAAAACAGGAGGCCUGAGUCCGGCGUGUCAACAAGAGAAAAGAUUUAGACUUUAGUGCCUACAGCCCAGGAAGAAACGACUAAGAAGAAGAAGAAAGUUGAGCAUAGACUCACAGAAACAAUUAACUAGAGACUUCCAACAUUUUAAAAUACAACAAAUACACCAGAAACGUAUGGACAACUCGUCCCCAGAACUGUGAUUAGAGAGCCGAGGGCACGUUUGAUGGUUAGAAAAAGAGUAUUAAUGGAUUUGGACACCGAGACACAAGUUUGUGAACAAACGGCAAAGUGUGUGUGACGGCAAAGAAAAGGAUGUUUUUCACUUAUAUAUAUACAAAAAAAAAAAUAUAUAUAUACCCUCUGCUUCACAUGAAGUGCCUGAAACAUGUAGUGUAAAACUGUACUAAUGACACUACUCUUCUUCUAACACUACGUUGCCAAAGACAUUUUCUCUUGAUGAAUGUGUCACUGACACGCUGCUUUUGUUGUCGUUUUCUUUUGUAUUUAAAUCUCCUGGUUCAGAGAAUCGAGACUUUUCGUUUUUGGGUGCUUCACACUAAGAAACUGUGUUUCCGUUAACAACACUAAAGUCACUAUUGUGAGAUGCAGCAUUAUCAACUGCAAUCUCGUUUUGUAUUCACCUUUGUUCGCUGGCUGACCCCUGCAUUCAGCAAUACAUAUACUGUAUUAUCUACCAUACUCGACAUAUCACUUUGUAUUCCCAUUACUGUAACAUGUUUUACUGCGUGGAGUUUGACACUCCAGCGACUCGUUAUACUGUCACUAAAUAGCUGUUAAUGUACAGAAGACACUUGUGUUUAUAAUGUAUACGAUGUGUAUAUAGUGAUUUUGUUUUGGAAUGACUGGAAUCGGUUGUAAAAAAAAAAAAAAAAAAAAAAAAUGGUUGUAAAAGAGAACAAGAACACCGGGAAGAGUCAACGUUUACUGUAUAUUUUGACGGGGAAAAGUUUGGUUUGUCUCAAAACAAGAGUUCCAGUUUUUUUGUCGUUAGCUUGUGAAGUUUUUUUGCCCCUAACUCGUCCGCUAGUCCCAGUUCUAGUCCACAUUUAAUUCAUCAUUUAAUAUUUACUGGAAACUGUAGUUUAAAGAACGCUUACUGACAUUUUUUUUUUGUUGAGAGUUAGAUGAAACAAUUAAUACCACUCUCAUGUUUAUACGGUAUAUGGCUAUAGCCAGCUGCCUGUUAGCGUAGCUUAGCAUAAAGACUGGAAACAGGGGGAAACAGCUAGCUUGGCUCUGUCCAAAGGUAACAAAUCUGGCUAACAGCACGUCUAAAGCUCAUUGUUCACAACGCUAUACGAACAAACAAGAUAUAAUGUAAUGAUUAGCGAGCUUUAGAGGUGAUGGUACAUGUAGGCUAGCUGUUUCCCUCUGUUUCCAGUCUUUAUGCUAAGCUAAGCUUAACGGCUGCUGGAUUUACGUUCAAAUUGAACUCGCAUAGAUAUGAGAGUAGUGUGUGAGUGGUGCUUCUCAUCUAAGUCUGAAAAAAUUAUCCUGGCAAAACUUUUUUAUUUUCACCUGGGAAAACCUUUUUCACCUAUUUUAAAGUCAUAAAACACAGGAGAGAAAACAAUUUAUAUCAGACUUAAAUGGAUCACCAGAAUUUUUUUUUUCUUUUUCUCACCGGCUUCCUUACAAAACACAGAAAAACUCAAUCUUGUUUUCUCAAUUUGUGAAUUCAAUUUGUGCUUUAACCUGCCUUGACUUAUUGUGAUUUGCGACGUUGCCAAAGACAGUCUCCCGAGCUUUAACCAGCAUCCUAAACCUUGGACAGGACAAGUUUCAGAACUGCCUGUCUGAGUAAAUCAA